GUCGGGCACGGCAGAAGCGUCCACGCCACAGCUCGUGGUUGGACGGAACGUGUCGAGUUUCCCCUUCGUACAUGCACGAGACUUACUUUGGGUGUUCUCGAGGCAUCUCGAACCGUGGAAAGGCAUUGAAAUGGUUGGAAGCGAGGACAAGUCCGUGGCACCCUGUCUGUGACUUUUGGGUCCGUCACGGCUCUGGUGGUUGUGAUCUUUGAUCGAGCAGAUGGAGUCCGUCCUCACCGUGUCGUCCUGCCGUGGUACUCCCUGACGGAAACAACACAACCAUCCCACUUUGGCGGGUAGAACGGGCUUCAGUGAACCACCGUGGGUCGUAGGUUUGUGGCCCCAUCACGGGACUCGAGGGCAUAUUAAUACCUCGUGAGAGUUUGCUCUUUCGAACCCCGAAAUUUGGGACUUGGGCGAACACCCAAAAGUGAAGAAACGUCAAAAGGCUGUGACUUCACACAAUCGAUGACAUACUCGGCAACACAUCAAAUUUUCCAAACGCAUACGUUGGAAAUAUUUUCUUUCGACAGAACUCGGCAGACGACACAACGAAAAUGCUACCAUUUCAAUUUCCGAGUACCAUUCUGCCAUGUCUCGUCGCUUUUGUCAUUCCAUACAGCUCCGCCAUCCCGGUCUCUUCUUCUUGUUCGACGACGACGACGACACAUAUUCUACCAGACAUAACGAUCCGGGAUGCUGCCCUUGAAUCAACGACACCAACGGUACCGUCACCAACCAGGAUUCCAACCGAAGCUUUGUUCGUGGAGUUCACACCGUCGCCUAGUGUGGUGGUGGCGGCGGCGACGGUGGUCUCUACGACAACAAGUGCCGAGGGCGCCGGGCACGGCAAAUCGUAAAACAACUGGCAGAUUUGUCGUUGCCGGUUCAGUUACAAAUCCGCCCUGUCAUGUCAAGGCCAUGCCCUCACAUCGGUUUCUCGAUGUUUCCAAUCACGGGUCAUAAAAAAAGAGGGACAAGGCAGGACGCAAAAGAUGUGGGAAGACGGUAUGACGGUGUAUCACGACUGGACUCGAUCAAUCACGUCGAACCUUGCGUGUACCCUCGCGGAGGGCACGGGACGUGGUCAGCUAGUAGCUAUACGUACUCUGGGACGGUGGACAGUGGAUACUUCCUCGG